UCACGCCUGGCUAUUAUUAUGUGACAUAUGGAUAAAAACCUCAGAUAGAAAACUUGGAAAUAUUUUUCAAGAUUUAUCAUCAUAUAUAUAAAAAUGUGUGUGCAGGCCAAUGUCCGGUUUUAUACGAGGCAUUGCUCAUGACAAGGAGUGUUAGUCAUAGAAGUGAACCGAGGGAUUUUCAAGUGUAAACGGAAAGGAAAUAAAAAAGUGUGGUGCGUGUGCUAAAUUGGAAAAAAAAGUUUGUGUGCUCUUCGUGUAUAGCGAAUUGUUUAGUUUUUCUUCUUUUUUUUUUUUUUAAAUCAACUGGUAAAUUCUAUAUAUGUAUAUCUAUAUAUACAGAAUCGAAGUAUUGCAGCAGUCGUUUAUUAAACAAAUCAACCCCAAACAGUAUUGAAUUUCAAAACUAGAUAUAUAUGCACUAGAGACACUCUGUGAGGAUAAAAAUUGAAAAAAAUUUUUUUAGGUGAAUGUUGUUUCGUCGGGCAUUGGUGAUAGUGAUAGUAAAGUCGAGAAACGGUGGAGGUGCUCGAUUUGAAUUCAUAAAUGUGCGAGAGGAAGAGUCUACAAUGGUGGCUUGGCUCCCGCAACAAGUUUUGCUGCUACUCAUACUCGUUGCUGGAUCGUCAACGAGGACAUCUUUUGCCAAUGAAGAAACAAAAUGGAUAUUUUCUGAAUUUCGGAGAAGCAGUAGAUCGUCGAGAGCUAUAUCCACUGUUUUAUCUCGAGGAAAUUCAGUGGAUCCCAGAAAUAAGGGCAGCACAAAGAUGGAGCAUUUCGAAUCAAGUACCGAGAACGAUUUGACUGACAGUUUCAGUCUAGACACUCGAUUGGAUUUGGGAUUUCCAAUGGUCACUGCAUCGAAUGAGGAUAGGGUGCCUUGGCAUCAAAUGGAAUCAGAUGGGAAUAAAGGUGACAGGGACUUACUAGUCACUGAUGUAAAAGUCCACGGGAUUUCCCGCUUGUCUUCAACGCCGUCAAAUUCUUUAUCUGCAAAAGAAAUAAAAAACUUUUCACUCAAUCCAUCCACUCUUCAAAUUUCAUUACAAUCAAGCAAGACAAAUUCCAUUAAUGCUUCAUUAAUUCCUGAUUCUAAGCAUGUUUCUUCGAUAUUACCACCAAAAGUGUCCUUUGAAAAUUGGAUGAGCCGACAUCUCCCUACAACUUCUGUGCAUUCAACUGAAAUUGGUUUUUCUCGUCGACGUAUGAGAGAAACAGACAAGAAUCAAGAGUGCGCAAAAUUCGUCGAUGACGGUGAAAAACAGGAAUUUUUCAGUCCUGGCUAUCCUGGAAAAUAUCCUGGAAAAAUCAAAUGUGUUCGAGUUAUACAAGCUCCUCCGGGUAUGCUGAUUAAAUUGGAUUUUCGAGAUUAUUUUGAAAUAGAAAGAUCAGAUGGUUGCAAGCAUGAUUAUUUAGAAGUACGUGAUGGUCAACAUGGUUAUUCAAAUCCAUUGGGGAAAUUUUGUGGAAAUAAAUUUCCCGAAGAAAUAACGUCCAAGACAAGAUAUCUAUGGCUUAGCUUUGUGAGCGAUGAGUCUAUUGAAUAUCGAGGAUUUCGAGCCAUUUGGACGACAGUUCCACGACCCACUGACGGAGUACCACGUGAACCUGAACCAUGCACACGAAAUGUAACGGAAAUGUUGGAAUAUGAGAUCACUAGUCAAGAUGUCGAGGAUCGUAAAAGUGCUGCACAGAAGGAUGGUCUACCAUUGGAUUGUAUUUGGGAGAUUGUGGUGAAGAAGGGAAUGAGGAUACAGUUAUCAUUUCCGAGUUUUGAUUUGAACAAGCCAAAUGAAUGUGACGCUAAUUAUGUGGACGUAUUUGAGGAUCAUCCCGAUAUUCCAUCAAGAUUGAGGAAUUUUUGUGGAAGUAUUGCUGAUUUAGUAACUACAAAAAAUAAUGUUGCCUAUGUACAUUUUUACACGGAGCCUAAAGCUAUUAAUAGUUCCUUCAAGGCCAUUAUGACUGCAAUUCGGGAUAAAAGUUCUGGAACUUGCAAUGACAAUGAAUUUGAUUGCGAGGAUGCAUGCAUUGAUCUGAAUUUGAAAUGCAAUAAAAACUUCAACUGUCGCUUUGGCUACGAUGAGGAAGUUGAAUUGUGCAAACCAGGAGCUGAAUCAUUGAUUGAAUCAGAGCACAUCAUUAUCAUUCUCGUUGUUUUCUCAUUAAUUGUUUUUGGCCUUUGCUUCACUUUCGUAUUCAAUUGCAUCCGAAAACUUGUUCGAGAUCAUCGUAUAAUAAGGGAACACAUAAGAGAAUCACGUGAGAAUCGUCUGGAUGAAAUUGGUCGUCAAGCAACGCCUUGUCCUGUUUCUGCAACUAGAACAGAAAUCGGUGACAUUGAAAGCGAAUCACCUAGCAUUGAUGGUGUAACAACUAAAGAACUUUUGACACCUUCAACAAUAAUUGCUCACGAAUAUACAAAAGAAUUGGUAAUGGAAAUGCACUACGAUGCUAAAAAUAGAAACGAUAUUAAUGAAAUUAAUGACUACAAUGACAUACAUCAGAGUAAUAAUGUCAGUAAUGCCACGCAGGAACGUCUACAAGAAUCCAGUGAGGAACCAGAAACAAGAGAUAACGCAUGUCAAACAAGAGAAAGUCUCUUUGAAUAUCGAACACCCGAUACCUACAUUAAACCAUCGUUUACAACUUUUGGAUUUCGUCCACCAACCUCACAAAAUGGUAGUACACAUCAACACAAUUAUCAUCAGUCGAGUCCAAUUAAAAGUAUUUCCAGUAAACAAAGUUCACUGCGAUCCCAAUCCCACAAGUGUUGUAGUCCCUCAUCGCAAGGAAGAGAAGAAACUAUUACUACCUCAUGUCCUAGACAUUCAGUUGUUCCCGCCCCACCAGGUUGGUCACACUAUGAUCCUCCAUAUCCACCAGUUGUCACCGAUCCACUUGAUUUCACUUAUCAAAGAUAUCCAAGUCCAAAAUCAAGUAGAGAUCCAUCACAAAGUCAAUCUCCCAAAAGGCAUCAUAUAGCAGGCUCUGGUGAGAGAUAUGGAUCAAUAUUAGGCUCAACGCAUGGAUCCAUCACUAAUUCAGGACAUGGUUCUAGUAAUACAAAUAGUUCGAAUAAUUCAGGUACACCAAAGAAAAUCGGUGAGUCACGUUAUAAGGCUGAAGCAGUUAUUGAAGUUGACCAGAAGAGGCCUUUUAGUAUAGAGAGUACAAAAAGUGCACCCGACGUAAUUGCAACUCACUGACGACAAGAUGCUGGGGAUUGGGAGCCGUACAAAAGACGCAAUCCCCGUCAAAUAUCCACUGAAAGUUUAAUUAAACAAAGAACAAUUAGUGUUGCAACACAAAGUUCAUUGGAUGAAGAUAUUACAACAACAACAACAGCGUCAACCAUUGAAAUAUCCUCUUCCUGAUCCACAUCAAUUGACCGCCCAGAAAUUGUCCAAGAGGUGGUCAAUAAGGACCCCUUAAUUUUACGACCUGAAAGACUUUUACAACUUGUUGAGGAACAAUUGCCAAUUUUAGAGCCACCUAAAGAAUUUCGUAUUCCUAAUUUUGAUUGUAAGCUACCGUUUACUUUUUGCUGUCAUCAUUGUACUUGUUCUAAACACACGGAGCGUGAUAAUAAAAAACCAAUGAUGCCUUCUGGUAAGACUUCUAAAAAUGAUUUCUAUGGAACAUGGCCUAAUCGAAAUGCAAGAGGAAUUAGAAAAAUCACUUUUGGAAGACAAAAGUCCGUUGGAGGUUUAGAAGGUGUACGUGUUAAAAGAAUUAAAUCUCCUGUCUUUAGAAAAACAUUAGAAAAUGAGGUUGGAGCUUCUAUACCUUUUUAAUUUAUCGGAUCUCUACAAAUUAGGUGUUU